GAGAGAGAGAGUCAUCCCCCUCUUAUUUCUCUCUCUUGUUACCUCUCUCUUCUCUCUAAUUUUUGAUUAGAGAGAAGAAAGUUGCAUCAUGAUAUUUUUGAUUCAAGCUUUUUCCAUUAAUCCUAAAGAAGUCGUUUGCAUUUAUCCAAUUUGCUUACAGUACCAAUGAGCAAAUGAAGAUGAUCAUCAUGACUCGCUUAUGGCAUCUAAAUGUUAUUCUUUAGUGGCAAAAGGAAUAAAAAGUCUGUCGAAAUGUUCUUGCUAUUGAUUUUCUCUUUUGAAUCUGAUGCUGACCCAAAGGAAAAUUCCAUGGCUAUUGCUGAAGGAAAGCAUCAGAUUCUUUUUAUUAUUAUUCUUGAGGGCGGAAAGCAUCAGAAUUGAGUUCUUGUUCCGGAGAGAUGAAGGCCUCUCCUUCUUCCUCUUGACUCCUCCAUUUGACCGGAUUGUCUGAAACCUUAUUCCUGUGAGUAAGAGAGAGCGAAGGAGAGAUGGCUGAGUCUCUGGUUUCCAAUGUCAUCUCUCAGCUUACCAACCUUCUCAUAGAAGCAGCUGUUUCCUUGGGUGGUGUGCGUAGACAGAUCGAUUGGGUGAAAACACAGCUCCAGCUAUUGCAAGGUUUCCUUAAAGAUGCAGAUUCCAGAAGGAAGAGAGGAGAUGCAACAAUGGAGAGCUGGAUUACGCAGAUGAGAGGUGUAGCAUAUGAAAUGGAAGACGUUAUAGACACCAUCAAUUACAUGGGCGAGAGGCGACACCAAAGGAGAGGCUGCAUGGGCUCCAUUUCAAGGUACUCUCACAAACCUUGUGAAUUGAUCACCCUCCACAAAAUUAGUACCAGAAUUGAGCAGAUAAAGAGCAAGAUCCAGAGUAUUUCCGAUAGCACAGUAAGGUAUAACCUUGUCAAUCCAGGUCAAAGUAGUGCAGUGGAUGAAAGUUGGCAGUCACUCAGAGAAUCCUCUCCUCGCUCUGAUGAUGAUGACACUGAUGUUGUAGGCUUCGAGAAUGAUAAGAAAGAAUUAGUGAGUCGAUUGCUUGAUGAGAAUGAGAAAGCACGACGUGUAAUUUCUAUAGUGGGUAUGGGUGGGCUAGGCAAGACUACCCUGGCAAGAAAAGUGUAUAAUGACCCUGCAAUUAGAGAACAUUUCGAUACCUUUGCUUGGGUUUCAGUUUCUCAGAGCUACCGAGGUAUCGAGCUAGUGAAGGACAUCAUGAAAAAAGUAAUGGGAAUCAAACAGAAGAUAGAAUACUUACAGCAGCAGAUGGGUGAAGAAGACGUGAGACAGAUGCUCCGUGAUUUCCUAAGAGACAAAAAGUAUUUGGUCAUGAUGGAUGAUGUAUGGAGAGUUGAUGUUUGGAGAGAAAUGCAGCGAGUCUUUCCUGAUGAGAACAAAGGCAGCAGAAUACUGCUUACUACACGUAACAUUGAGGUCGCAAGAGAUGCCGAGCCAUGGAUUCCUCCACAUGAACUGCACCUUUUAGACGACACGGAGAGCUGGAAACUCUUUCGUAGGAAGGCAUUGCCACCAAAUCAAGAUGUCCCAACUGAGUUGGAGGCAUUGGCCCAGAAGCUUGCAAAGAAGUGUGGUGGACUUCCUCUUGCACUGGUGGUGUUAGGGGGCCUUCUGUCAAGGAAAGAUCCUAGCUACGAUACGUGGUUGAAAGUAGCUCAGAGCAUGAACUGGGUAUCUACUAGAGAUGGGAAGGAAUGCCACAAUAUAUUGGGUUUAAGCUACAGUGACUUGCCAUAUCCGUUAAAACCAUGUUUUCUAUACAUUGCUGCGUUUCCAGAGGACUCCAUUAUCUCUGUUUCCACAUUAGUUAGGUUGUGGGUCGCCGAAGGUUUCGUACUGCAAGAGCAGCGACAGACAAUGGAAGACACGGCAAGGGAUUGGUUGGAUGAGUUGGUGCAGAGGUGCAUGAUCCAGGUUGUCGAGAGAAGCAUGGCUCGUGGGCUGGUUAAGAACAUACGCAUCCAUGAUCUGUUACGCGACUUUGGCCUUGAAGAUGCCAAAAAGGAUGAAUUUCUUCAAGUUUGCAGUAGUGAGGACGUGGGAGUAUCUGAUCGUAUAUCAAGUCAUCGUGCAGCUUUCUACAAUCGUAUAAAUGACGAGGCUGCUGUUUCCUCACGGCAUCUCCGCACUUUGCUGGGUUUCAGUUUAAAUUUGACUAGUGGGGGAAGAUUUUUGAAUGGUUUAAACUUGGUAAGGGUGCUGGAUCUGGAGGGCACAAGAGAUUUGAAGGUGUUACCAGAACAGAUCGGCAGGAUGAUACAUCUACGAUACCUGGGAUUGGGAAGGACUGGUUUGAAGAGGCUGCCAUCUUCCAUCCGAUAUCUCCUGAAUCUACAGACUCUGGAUGUGAGGCAUACACGCAUUUAUUGGCUUCCGAAAUCAUUUUGGAAAAUCCGGACACUUAGGCACGUAUAUAUUAAUACAUAUAUGUUUCUAAGCGCACCGAUGAGUGGUGAUCGCAAGAACUUGCAGACUCUGGAAAUUGAGGAGUUUGAGUUUCAUAUGGAAGAUAUGGAUAUUGUCCGUUUACUGGGCAUAAGAUUCAUAAAAAAAUGGGCUACUACACCAGACUUCACCAGGGAGGCGAUUGAUAAAGCAUGUGACACAAUGUUUGCAGAAUCACUUGGAAAAGCACUCGAGAAAAUGGAUAGCCUCGUCUCCUUCACUCUGAGUUUGCCCGGACGUAUAAUCCCUGGGGACGUCCUUUUCGCUCAGGCACCAAAAUUGCACCAGGUCCGUUCAUUGACACUGCAUGGACGAUUGUUACUCAAACAACAGCAGCAGCUCCUAAACAGCAGUCAACUCCCACAAAACCUCACCAAGCUCAAAUUAUCUUAUUCUCUUUUGGAGCAAGACCCAAUGCCGGCACUAGAGAAGCUGCCAAAUCUAAGGUUUCUCCAACUGUUAUUACGUGCAUGCAUAGGGAAGAGCAUGUUGUGUUCUACUGGUGGCUUUCCUCGGCUGCGAUACUUGAUAUUAUUUAAUCUCCAAAAUUUAGAGGAAUGGAGAGUUGAGGCUGGGGCGAUGCCCAACCUUACCCACUUAACUAUCAAUUGGUGCUCGAAAUUGAAGAUGCUUCCCGAGGGAUUGCAGCAGGUGACCACACUUCGAGAACUGAAGCUGAUUCAAAUGCCUCGUGAGUUCAAUGACAGGGUCAGAAAUGAGGUUCGGCACAUCCCCUCCAUUAUUUUUCAAGAUGAGAUUGAUCAGAGAUAAUAUCAGCAGUACCUGGUGAUUACUUUAAUUGGCGUUAGCUGAAGUGAUGAUCCAGUCAAUAAGGUUCUCUGCAUCUCUUUAAUAUAUACAAGGCAAUACUUCUAGCUAUUUCUUAUGGAACCAUAGAACUCUUGAUUGUAUUAGUUCUUAUUUUUCAUUUCCAUGUCAUAUGUUUCUUUAGAUUUGAUGGAACUGUUAAUUUUCUGUAAUGUAUUUGAUAAUGUUUUUCACACAUGAACUUCUAUUU